AUGACAUCAUCACAAGACCCUUCAAUUCUCACCGAGACCUUUCACUAUGAAACCUCAACUCAUGUGUACGAUAUUAAAUGGGGAACAUUGGGCGAUAAAGGUCUCCCUCCCCUCAUCUUUGUUCACGGAACGCCUUGGUCUUCACGUGUCUGGAACAACUUCGCUAUUGCCCUAUCGCGUCGAUUCUGUGUUUAUCUUUUUGAUAGGCCUGGUUUUGGUGAAUCGCCCCCAGAACAUCUAAAGCCGGGUCUGCUGCCCAGCAUACACCCUGUUGAACAGUUCGACAGCAACCUUGCGCGACAAGCAGAGGUUUUUGCUGCACUCUUCCAAGAAUGGGAGGGUAACUGGUCUUUUCCAACAGCCCAUGUCGCCGCUCACGAUAACGGAGGUUUAAUCAGUCUUCGAGGAUAUCUCUUACAUGGAUUACCUUAUGAGAGUCUUUGUCUGAUCGAUGUUGUCGCGAUCGGACCUUUUGGUCAACCCCUCUUCAAGAGCAUGGCUGAAAACCCUCAUAUCUUUGAACAACUCCCCGACACAGUAUUCGAGGGAAUCCUAGAGAGUUACAUCAGAGACGCGGCAUAUCACGAACUACCAAGCGAAACAAUGCAAAUGCUCAAGGAGCCCUGGUUACGGGAAGGCGGCAAACGAGGUUUCAUUAGAGAACUGUGCCAAGCUAAUUGGAGGAGCACGGAAGAAGUCGAAGGGCGAUAUGGCGAGGUUGGGUCAAAACUACGCGUCACGGUCAUUUGGGGAGGUGACGACAAAUGGCUUCCGGUUGAAGGGGCGUAUAGAUUGGGAAAUGUAUUGAAGGCUGAGGAAAUCGUCGUUAUUGACAAGGCUGGUCAUCUAAGCAUGAUAGAUCAGAGUGCGCAGAUGGGCAUCGAGCUGGGUACAUGGCUCAAUGAAGCUUCCCAUGAGCAGCGUUCGUAA